GUGAAGCUUCGAGAAAGGUAACAAGAAAAGGCUAUGCCGCACCGCCCACUCACAGACGCACACGUGACCCUCUCCCCCCCUUCUUUCUCGCCCAUUCUUAUUCUCUCCCUCUCUCUAACUUAUGCUGUGUGGGCCCCGUUUUCCUGCUCUUUUCCUCCUUUUUUUUUUCCCCCAAAAUUUCAUUUCCAUUUCCCCUUCUUCUCUUCUCGAACCCACCAAUUCUGCGCUCUCUCUCUUUCCCCACCUUAUCAUUUACUCCACCCCGAAACUUCUAGAAACAACAAAACAAACCCGACCCUCUCUCCUUCCUUCCUUCUCUCUGUCUGAAAUUUGGCAAGUGAUUCAUCACCUUGUCUAUACUUUCCCCCAACUGUUGCUUCUUCUUCUGGUUUCGAUCUCCUCUUCCUGUUUGGUCGCCGAGAAAAUUCCAUGGUCAAUUUGUUAUUGCCGCACCAGCAAGGCUCCUCCUCUUUCUGCCUAUUAAACGCAGCUGCGAUUCGAAGAUCUGAAGGAUUAGGAAACCGACCUCCCCUGCCGCUCUUUUCCCUGCAAGAAAACUGCAAUCAGUUCAAUCUCUUGAGUUCUUAUUUGGUAAAAGUAUUUUCAAUUUCAAUUUUCUUUUAUGCAGUAUCGUUUUUCUAUUUUUAUUUUUAACCAGUGAACGUUUUCCUUGAUGUUUUUAGGAAUCCAGACGUUAAUCGCUGCUCUUUCAAAUAAGAAAGUCGGUUUUAAUUAUAUCCGAUUCGUGGAUCUGAGGCUCUGAAACUAAUGCCGCCGUCGCCGGUCGAACCAAUCGGGGAACCUGCUGCUGUUGCUGUUCCCGGCGGGGCAGCAAGUGGCAGCGGCGGUAGCGGUGGAGGCGCUGGUGGAGGAACAGGAGGGACUGCAGAUUCGCAGAGAUCGCUUCCCACUCCUUUUCUCACCAAAACUUACCAGCUCGUGGACGAUCCGGCCGUUGAUGAUAUGAUUUCGUGGAGCGAUGAUGGAUCCGCGUUCAUCGUCUGGCGCCCCGCCGAGUUCGCCAGAGACCUGCUGCCUAAAUACUUCAAACACAACAAUUUCUCAAGCUUCGUUCGCCAGCUGAAUACAUACGGAUUCAGGAAAGUGGUGCCGGACCGAUGGGAAUUCGCCAACGAUUGCUUCAAGAGAGGGGAGAAAGCUCUUCUUCGAGACAUCCAGCGCCGUAAAAUAGCCGUCGCUGCUGCUGCCUCCCCGACCGCCGCUGUGACGGUGGCCGCGGUUCCGGUUAGGAUGAUCUCCCCUUCCAAUUCCGGAGAGGAGCAGGUGAUUUCAUCCACUUCCUCGCCUGCGGCGAACGCUAUCCUGCGGACGACGAGCUGCACGACUACGCCGGAGCUUCUAGAGGAGAACGAACGAUUGAGGAAGGAGAACGCGCAGCUGAACCAGGAGCUGACCCAAUUGAGAGGCCUCUGCAACAAUAUUGUCUCGCUGAUGACGAAUUACGCCUCCUCCGGCCAGGCCAACGGCAGUGUGAGCGACAACAAUCAAAUCCCAUCGGAAGGGAAGCCUCUGGAUUUAAUGCCCGCAACGGCCGCGACGAUGCCAGAGAAGCCUGCUGUUGGUGGCGUGUCGAAGCUGGCAGAUCCGAGCCCGAUGCUGUUUGGAGUGUCGAUCGGCGUCAAGCGGAUGAGGAGAGACGAGGAAGACACUGUGGCAGCGGCGGAGGACGAGGGUUUGGCAGAGGUGGAGGAAGGAGAAGACGACGAACGACGGGGGAAGAAUCCGAUGCGGCGAGAGGAUAAGGAGGGAGGAUCGGACGUGAAAUCGGAGCCGUUGGAUAGGAAUAACACGGGAAGCUCUGAUCAUCAUCAGGAUUCGUCGUGGUUGGAGCUGGGGAAAUGAAUCUCAAUCAUGGAUUUUGGAGUUUGUUUCUCUGACUCUCCCUUCCAGACGGCGCCGUUUCGGGAUCGUCGUGGUGGAACGAACGAGGCUUCGAGCUGGUGAGGGGAGGGCACGUGUUACAGAUGGUCGACGCGUGUGAGGGGAAGAUGAUGGAAGGCCGCACUCAGAUCCGUUGUGGGUUUACUUCGAGAAGUUGCAGUUUGUCCGUUCUGGGGGAAAGUGGGGAAGGAAAGGGAAGUCGCCAUCUGUGAACUGUGGAAGUGAGAAUCACAGCUCGGUUAAAAGUUGGGGGGGGGGACAAGAUCGAGAUUCAAAGGAGAAAGAAUCUUUGUGGGGCUGCGGCCUGGGAAGAACAUAAUAGAGAAGCGUCGGCGCCGUUGCAUGACAGCAAUUGUAAAGUUUUCCUCGGUGGCCGUUGCCGGCCGGCGGGUGGUAAAUUUUGUUUGUUUAGAUGAGGCGUGAUUGUGGGAAUUAAGGGUGGUCAAUUACGUGCUUAGAGCGGAAAGAACAGGGGAAUGGGCUAGAAGGCUCGGAGUGGGUUACCAUGAAGUUAUUAUUGGUCAAGACUGCCUAAUUGGAGAAAAUUAAGUCUGUAUUUUAAUAAUAACUCAAGGUUAUAAUAACAUAUAAAUGUUAUAAAAAGAACGGCAUCGUCUGACACGGUUUAAAGUCCGAAAUCGAGGGUUCCAGCCCUGGGUGGCAAUCGUUUGGCAAACCUCCUCCCUCAGGUGGGAGUAGGAUCGAUGUGUGCUAUAGUAGUUUGACCCUAAUCUAAUUAUUCUGCAGCAAACAAGAGUUAUCUUUUAGCUGCGGGUGUUCCGUUCUAGCUAACCCAAGAGAAUGCUCCUAUUUUCUCUUCGUCAAUCGGUGGAUCCUCUGAAAAGCAUUCGUUAUCGCUCACAACUCUAUUGUGUUGAGUCCUGCGAUCCACUUCAUACUAUCGUCCCUCAUAUCUUUCCAAAUAGUCGUUGUAUUUGGUUUGACCAACCUGCUACGGUCAACAUUAAUUUUGAUCAGACCCGACUUUAAAGUUGUUUCAUGGUACCCUUCUAGGGACUGCUAUUCGUCGCCCUAAAAAUUUUUAUUUGUCGCCCUAACUAUGUUAAAUUACUUUAAUGUCCUUUGUGAUUUCAAUCUCAAAUGAACCAUGGAAUCCCGUUGUUGUCGCCGGCAGGCUUUCAGUUUAGUCAUCUUCUCACAACCUCGCCGCCUCUUCGCUUUGGACCUCGGAUCAAUUGGUUGCCUUUUGCUCUGAAUAAAAAAAAAUGAAAAUCUUCCUUGCUACUGUCACCACUACCAAUACUACAUGAUCUCGAUCCAUGUUGUGGAUUCCGGCCUGAGAUGUUCACAGAGUGAAUUAAACAUUAAUUAGCUUGUUCUCCCAUUAAGUUUUGUUUCGAUUUUGGUACUUUUGAUGUCUGUGGGUGCAUAUCAACCCGGGAUCCGAUCAAUAAUGCGGCGGAGAUCAUUGUUCGACUGUCCGAGCUUCUUCCUCGCGGACUCCCAAUCACUCCAAAUCGGCCGCUGAUUCUUGCCGCUCCCCGCCGACAAGGAGCUGGAGCUGGGUAUGUGUACCUCACGUUCCCCAUGAGGAGGACGAACUCCGUCGUCACCGCGCCGACAUGGCGGUCUUCUUCGUUGCGGCGCCGCCUGAUGAUUGAAAUUGGAAAUAAGGGCGGGUGGGAACUGAGGGGUUAGGGCUAUGAACGUCAAUAUAAGAUGAUUUAGGGUGAAAAAAUUCAAUUUUUAGGGCGACGAAUAACAAUUAAGUUCUCUUUUCGCAACUAUUAGAUAGGCACAUUCUUCCAAGUCUCCUAAUGGUCGUUUGGCAGUGAAAAUUUGGAAGCAUAAGAAUUAACUUAAAUUUUCACG